AUUUUCGUAGCAAACUCACGGCGUUUUUAGGCGUCAAAAAAUCCGGUAUCAUCUGACCCCUUGCAUUUAAUCCAUUCUCGCAAUAUCAGUCACGUGAUUCACCCUCAUCCCCUAAUGCAGUUUCAAAAAACUCACCCAAGUUCAAUUAAUCAGGAAUUGGUGCCUUGUGAUAAUGAUUGAGAUUUUUUGGGGACUGGCGAGUCCCACAUGGUGACGAGUGAUGUUCAGGAAAAUAUCAUCGAAUUCCGGAGUGAAUCAUCGGAGAUAGGAAGAAAUCAUCGAUUUUCAAGCUAUGAAUCACGAUUUAUUCGCUUGAAAUUUAAACUAAUUUUGACUUUUGAGUCGCGAUAUUAUUUACAAACCACGUGGACGCGAAUGAAUUAUCCCAGAGCUUUAUCUAGUUAUUUUGUAUUUAUUUAUUUAUUGACUGGGAUUAACUGUUGAUGAUCAUAUUAACGGAGGGAUUAAUUACCGUUGAUGAACGACGAAAGCGGAGCGUCUAUGUUUCGAUUGAUUAUUCGACUGGAAGAUCUGGAAUUAAUUGCGGAAAGAGGCUUUGGUGAUGCAUUGAAAAUCGAAAUACAGCGAAAUUAGUGGCACGAGGACUUUGUAAUAUUUAUAGACGCCUCAUUUUGGUUUGUGAGAGUGCCGGACAGAGGUGUGAAUCGACGCUACUCGUGGAGAAUACCUCAAAUUAAGAUUUCAAAAUUGUUUUGGAGAUACGAACAUUUCGAGCAUAAUCAAUUUCAAGGGAAUAACAAUGGGCAGGGGCUCAACAGAGACUCGAACUGGUGAAUGUUAAUGGGAAGUUAUUUAAUUGGGAAAGGGGUAAUUAAUCAGGGGGAAGAUGAUGUUUACGGGGGGAAGAUCCUCGCAUUCAAAACGCCGAAAUGCGAACAGCAGUAGAAAUACUAGUAAUAGUAGUAGUAGUAGUAGGAAAUGUACACUUGACUAUCGACUGCCGCAGCCCAGAAUGGGGCCAGAGGGAUAUACCUACAGAACGAGAAUUCCAUCGCCACUGAACCCAGAAGACCUGCCAUCUCCGUCAGCCGGAAGGACUUACGUUUACCGAACUCGAGUCCCUCGGCGCGAUUUAACUGGAGAGUCAACCUCUUCGGCUACUCCUCUCCUGGAGCAUGAUCCAGGUGGCCCUAUCACCCGACGUCGAGGAGCCGUCAAGCACAACAAGAUUCACGUGAUAAGGGGCCACAGACUCGCCGCUAAAUUCUUUCGACAACCCACGUUCUGCGCAUUCUGCAAAGACUUCCUCUGGGGUUUUGGGAAGCAGGGCUAUCAAUGCCAAGCCUGCCAGACUGCAGUCCACAAGAAGUGUCAUGACAAACUGCUGACGAAGUGUUUAGAGAGUGGGAGAGACUCGGAAAAUACUAUUGUAAAUGUGCACAUUGUUAUCAGCAUGCGUUUCAUGAUAGCUUUAGUAGUUAAUUUAGUGCUUAUCGACAGGGGAAAAAUUACUUCAAUAGCAAGUUCUGUUCUUCUUCAAUAGCCCAGUUCUAUCAACUUUGGGUGGGUCUUUACAGGGAAUAUGUUGCAAUUCUAACAGAAUUCAGUUUGAAAAUCUAGAAAAAAUUGGAAAAUUUAAUUUUGUCGCCCUGAAGAUAAAUCAAAUUCUAUUGUUUUCUUUUAGUAAUGUAUUAUCUGUUAAACAUUUCUAUUGAAGAGUUAAUUGAUCAUUCUUUCAAAUGACAUUGAUUCAUGAUUUUUCCCCCAUAAUAGCUAAAAAUAAAACCGCUUCCGAUCUGUGCUCUUCUCCUAGUUGUUACUUCACUACUGAACAUCUCAGUGAUUUACUGACUUUUGAAUUUGUAAGAGAAAAAAAGUGAGGAUGUUUGCAUGACUGCACAUUGAUCAUAUUCACUUAGCCAAUUUAUUUGUUUUAGGAAGCUACUCGACUCUGAUUUAUUGCUUGAGUGUUUCAAGCGAAAGUGUCUUGAUGGAGCAUGAAAGCUUCGUGUGAGCUUGCGAUUAUAUUAAUAUCUUAUUUUAUUUAUUUGCGAUGUUUUAAAUUACGUUAAAAAUUCCAAAGCUCUUUCUCGGUGGGGAAAGAGAAAUGCGGAAAAAUCAUCAUCAAAUUCACCUCAGAAGAGCAAUCGACCAACGCUGCCAAUGAGAUAAUUACAUUUCUAAAGCUUGACAAAAAUCUUCGAAAGGCUUUAUGAACUUCUUCGCUCUAUCUCCACAAAUAUACAAAUAUCCAUAAAAUCGUCAAAUUUUCAAGCUCAACUGCGAUUCAUUCAACUGAUAUCGAAAUAUCGAUAAUUAAACCGUCGAUUUUGUUCUGAGUGAUGGCUGCUUUAUUUAUGCUCUUGUAUUUAUCAAUGAAAUAAUUAA